CAACAAUUUCCUGGAAAGGUCCUCCAAGCCACCAUCCAAACAUAUCCAAGCCAUGUUUUCUGGUCGUUUCUCCCAGCCAUUUCACCUCCUCAGACGCUUGAACCCACGCGCCGAUGGGCGUCCGAUGAAGCACGAGCCAUGAACGUGACCAUCUCAGGCGAUCUGGGCCUUUUCUCCUUUGUGGAUGUCGAUCCCUCCCUGUCCGUGCAUGCGUUGCGCGCAAAGCUGGCGGCGGACGCAGCUGCAGUGGCCGCGCAGCUGCUCCUGUCGUGUGGAGGGCGGCCGCUUGUAGGGUCAGAGAUCCUGAGAGAUCUGUCUCCCAACGACUCAUCGUGCGGCUCGAGCCGCGUGCUGCACCUGGAGCUCACCAGCUAUGCCGAGCUGAUCCCGGGGGCUGCGCCGUUGCGGAUUUGGGAGACUGAAUGCCGGGGCAUUCGCUUGCAACAGCUGGAGGAACUCAUCGACUUCUUGUUAAAGAGGUGUGUCGCGCGCGACGCGACUGGUGAGUCGAUCGCCCUCCAGGACUUGAACCUUUACCACUUGGCGGACUGGGUCAUUUGCCCUGCCACCUCAUUUGAUCGUGUCAGCUACGUGGAACUCGUGAGCACGUGCCUGGAAGCCCAGCGGCCCAGGUGGUUCGUGUCUCACGCGUGGCAGGAGACUGUGGAGCACUUCGUGCUGUGUUUAUCAAAGCAUGCGGAGGUCAGGGAGCUGAAGACGUCCGCGGCCUAUUGGGUUUGCGCCUAUGCCAAUAAUCAGCACGAGCUGGGCAAUGAUUUACGCUUCAACCCCAAAGAGACCUCCUUCUUCCGUGCCAUGCAAAUCUCUGAAGGGCUGCUCCUCAUUCUGGAUCCCGACGCCACACCCUUCAGCCGUACUUGGUGCUGCUUUGAGCUUUCGAUGGCCAUGACCGAGACUCAGCUCUUGCUGGACAUCGCCAGCGUUGCGAAAGCAACAUCGCAGGCAGAGCUCCUGACUGAUGGGCUGACGGCGAGGGAGUUACACAACGAGAACUGCGUUUGCGCGGGCCUGGGGGGGAAGGAAAAGGCCAGACGUGAGGAGAACUUCCCCAUUGAACUGGUACAGAAAGCUUUGGGCAUCGACAUUGUGGAAGCCAAAGCGUCUCGAGCUGUGGACAAGCUGAGAAUUCUGAAUUGUAUUGCUGGCUUGCCUGAAGAGCAAUUGGAUGCCGAGCUGCCUGUACCGCUGCCUCCGGAGAGGAUGGUGUGCUAUGCGCAAGUGAACCGUGCGCUGCGGGCGAUCUUUGCAUUGGCCAGUGUGAGCCAGGUCGUCUCGAAGGAUCUACUGGAGCUCAUGCCAGCCAUUUGCAGGGCAUUGCAGGAGGACACGGCCCGCAAAAGCCUCCACCUCUCCUUUGCAAACAGCCUGAAGUUCAAGGACUCGGAUUUGAUUUCCUUGGCCAAAGCACUGCCCCGAGGUUUAACAGACCUGCUGCGCCUGGAUUUGCGCUCCUGCCAUGGCCUGUUUGAUGCAUCCGUCCUGGAGCUGGGCAAGGCCAUUGCUGAGAUGACACAGCUGAAGGCCUUGUUCUUGGACUUCUACAUGUGCGUUUGCUUGACCGACGUGUCAUUGGGCCCGCUCUUCGCGGGAGUGCAGCAGCAUAGCUUGAUGCGGGAGUUAGAUGUGAAUCUCAGGGGCUUAAUCAAGGUCACCGAACGCUCGGUGACUCCCUUGCUUUCUGCCUGGAGUUCCAUGCCCCACUUGCGCAAGCUGCACCUGAACCUCACGCAGACGCGUGUGUCGAGUGACUCAGCCAGCGAGCUGUGCGAGUCCUUGAAAGAGCUGAGAGAGUUGGAGAUCCUCAAGCUGUAUUUCACUGAUUGCGCUUCUGUAGGAGAUGCAGCUGCCAGCUCGUUAGGCCGCAGCUUUGAGGCUUUGCCCCUCGCUGAGUCCAUCAUUUGCUUCUCCGGGACCCAGCUGAGCGACACAGGCAUGACAUCCCUUUGCUCGGGCCUGACAACUUUGCUGUCCAUGACGCGGCUCACGCUGCGCUUCCGCCACUGUGGAAGGCGCUUGUCGCCUGCGUCGCUGUGGGACUUAGGGGAGUCAUUGGCUUCCUUGGUCCGUUUGGAGAAGUUGGUGGUGGAUUUCGGGAAGUGUCAAGGGAUACCACGCCACGUGGCCAAGCGCUAUGCGGGCAACAGGAGCUUUGUCCUCAGCCAUUCCGUCUUCCAGCGACACUCCGAGUCGGCCUCUCCCAGCUCGGCGUCGCCGACCUCUCCGGGAUCGGACAUCUCAGAGGUGCCAGAUCCACAGGCGGAGAAAGUCUUGGAGUUCUUUCGACGAGCAGGGACCUUGGAGGGCGAGCAGCUCUUCUCCUUGCUGAGCUCUUUGGAACCCGAUCUUUCGAUCGAAGGCUUUCAGCAACUCCUGCGGGCAGCCGGCACCGCUCAAGGCGACCAGGAAGACUUCCUGCGCUGGCUACUGGAGGAUCAAAAGAUAAAGCAGUGCACAGGUGCAGUGCUAAAUGAGGUCACCCAAUUUGUGUGGGUCAGCAAGUGCCAAGUGAAGAUGCAGCUGCCCAAGGGCGUGCCGACCACGCGGGAGACCUGGCGGCCCUUGUGGAAGAAUCACAGCAAUCCUUUCCAGUUUGAUCGUCAGUACUUGCAAGCCAUCGAGCUCGCGCGUCUUCGCACCAUGGAGAAGCAGCAAGAUCGGAGGUUAAAGGCACUUACGGGUCCGUCUCCCAGCCUGGCCGUUGGCUUCACUCAUACCGCUGAUCUCUUCAACCCUGAGGACGGCAACAGGUACCACAAUCCGCUCUCGCGAUCCGCCAGUUCACCCGCCAUGGCCACGUUCCAACGGCAUACCAAUGCUUUGAGCAACUGCACGGCAGUCCUGACUGGCGGCCGUGGCUUUGAGAAGAAUUGCUACGAUCAGGGGACGCAGCCUCUAAGAGGCACGCAUCUUCCAGGAUAUCAAGGUUAUGUGCCGGGCUUCAGUACGAACAACCUGGUCGGGACGCCAUUUUUUGUUGCAGCCGUGCACGGCACCGUACGCGGCCGUUCGCGUUGGGUGGGCAGUCCAAUUCCUUGUGUGUCUUGUUAUUUCAAGCACAUUGAUGACCCAAACGCACAUCAAAACCAGUCUUCUCAGUCACCCAGGACCAUUUGCUGCAGGUUUCAUAGCAUCCACCCUCGAUCCUUGAGUCGUAGGCAGUGACAGUGAGGUCAUCUAAUAAUAUCUAAUAUAUAGGAGGGAAAUGAUUCUUUUGAUAACUGCUUCCAUGGACAUAUGCAUUGGUGGCCAUAGGCCCCAGCCAUUCCUUUUGUUGGUGGAACGCCCCCGCCCCUGCCUGCAAGGACA